AUGAGUUCGCCAACCCGGGUGAAGGUCAUCACUCACGCGCCUCUUCCUCUCGUAAGGGUAUGGUUCGAGGUAUCCACCGCGGUUUUGAGGGGGGCCACUGUUCGGGACCUCAAAGAAGAGCUUUGCCAGAGCAUACCUGCUCUCGCAGAUGGAGGAUUGUCAGCAACCAACAUAACCCUCGAGAUCGACGAAUUCGAACUGCUGGAUGAAAGUGGUGUCUCAGUAAUUCAGAAUGAAGAUCUUUUAAGCAUCAAAGCGAAAUCACCUCCGCACAGCAUCGGGCUGCCUAAGAGACGGCGAGAGGCUGUUGACUAUUUUCCAUUUCAAGCAAAGAGACGUAGAGUUGACGGAGUGUUCGAGACAAACCCUCCUCGAUUGCAAAAUUCUCCUGCCAACACAGGUGACGUGUCGUCAUCAACCCCAAGCAAAACUACCGAUGAAGACUCUUCAUCUUCUGGUGAUGUGUCCGAGGAGGAGAACGAAGAAGAAAAUGAAAGUCAGUCCACGAGUAGCACGUCGACGCAGGAUUCUUCGGAGUUUUCCAAAUCGACUUCUGCAGCAGUGGAUGUUGAAAGCGGGGCGCUCUCUAAUAUUUCAGAGAUGGCCGUGCAAUUGAAUGGCCCUCCACCCCAUGCGAUUCAAUUUUCUCCCAUAGCUCAUGAAUCCACAAGGACACAAACCGCAAGACCAGUGCCACCCGGUGAGGGCAAACCCUCAACUCAUGCUCGAAAUGUCAGACGCCGCAAACGACAAGCUCUCUUGAAGGCUGGUUCAACUAUAACUCCACACGAGGAAUCCACGCCGACCUUGGCACCAGAAUCACUGCAUCAGGGUGGUAAUGAACAACAUCUUGAUGGCCUUCCCUACGAUACGCCGCCGCCGGAACCCUUACCAGUUUUCAGUGCCAUGGCGGCGUUGACACUCCCCUCAAAACUGACAAAUAAGAACAAGCGAAAAGGUUUUAAGAAGUCCAUGGACGGGAAGGCGGGGCAGAAGAUAAUAUUUGGGAGUCCCUCAAGGCAUCAUCGACUGAUUCCUCCCUCUGAAAAAGGGGAUAUCCCUCAUAACAUGUUCAUCACCAGUGUGGAUUGUUCGGCACGGGAAACAAUAUCAAUGGAAAUGAUCGACCAUGCGACCAUUCUAUCUUCCUCUGACUGGGACCGAAUAGAGGGGAAGUUCGAUUCCUAUGAGAAAGUUUCUUCACUCACAGACCUUACGACUGGAGAUGUGGUGGCAUGGCAAGCGCUCGCUCUGAACCAGCGUACUUGCAGCCCUGAGGUUAUGCUCCAUCUUGCUACGGUAGUCGCAGUCUCCAGACAAGAGGAGAACACAUGUACGGUAUCAUUCCUACAGAGACCGGAAAAGCGUAGCCAUGAUGAAGAAGAUGACGCAAGCAUG